GGUCUCCGACAGUCUCCCGCAGAUCCUCACAGCCUCCGGCUGUCCAGAGUGACUGCUCACUGGAAGACCAGUCCACAUUCCCCUUGGCCUUGGUGCACCGGGCCCCGCUGGGAUGAGAAGCUGCCGGAGACUGGACCAGCUUCAGGCCGGCCUCUGCCUGCUCCUGGCCUCCCUGCAGCUCGUGUCCUGGACGCUGGCUGCAGAACCUGUGGAUGUACUGGAAGCCUUGGUUGUGCACAGAGAUCAGGCUGGGGUGGCUGAAGGACCUGGCUUCUGCCCCCAGAGGAUUCCACAGGGUGACCGAGCAUUUAGGGUGGGCAAGUCCAGCCUUCUCAGUGUCCCCACAUGGCAGCUCUUUCCAGAUGGACAUUUUCCUGAGAACUUUUCUGUGCUGCUCACUCUGAGGGCCCAGCCAGCCAAUCAGUCUGUCCUUCUGUCUAUUUAUGAUGAGAAGGGUGUCCGGCAGCUGGGACUGGCACUGGGGCCAGCACUGGGUCUCCUUGGUGACUCCUUCAGGCCCCUCCCCAAGCAGGUCAACCUUAUGGAUGGCAGGUGGCACCGUGUGGCGGUCAGCAUCAGUGGUAACAAGGUGACCCUGGUGGUUGACUGUGAACCUCAGCCCCCCAUGUUUGGUCAGGGGCCUCAGUUUAUAAGCACAGCUGGACUCACUGUGAUGGGAACCCAGGACACCAAGGAGGAGUCUUUUGAGGGAGACAUCCAGGAGCUGCUGAUCGUUCCAGACCCUGAGGCUGCCUUCCAAGCCUGUGAGCGCUACCUCCCUGGCUGUGAUACCCUCGAUUCCACAACCACAGUGGCCUCCAAAGAUGAUGAACCAGAAACACCCGCCCCUCGUCGUCGAAAGGGCAAAGGAAAGAAAAAAGGGCGGGGUCGCAAGGGCAAGGGAAGAAAGAAAAACAAGGAGACCUCUGGACUGAGUCCGACCCCUGGUGCCCCUGAGAACCAGACCUCCCUCCUCAUCCCUGAGACAGAGAAGCCAGUUCCACACCUGCCUCCGACUCCCACACCUUUGGCCAUCACCACCACUGUCACUAUUGGACGAAAUGCCACAGUCUUGCAGGGGUUGGACUCUAGUACUGAAACUGAGUGGAGGACUCCAGAGAUGGAUGCUACUGAGGAGGGUGAAGGAGGUGGCCCCACCAUGGGCCCCAAGUUCGGGGCAGCGGAACAGUCUUUACAGACUGAGUUCCAGAUCUUUCCUGGUGUUGGAGAAAAGGGAGCGAAGGGAGAGCCUGCGAGAGUAGAGCAGGGACAGCAGUUUGAGGGGCCUGCAGGAGCUCCAGGACCCCAGGGAAUAUCUGGUCCUUCAGGCCCUCCUGGGCCUCCGGGCUUCCCUGGGGACCGUGGUCUACCGGGCCCUGCUGGCCUCCCAGGAAUCCCAGGCAUUGAUGGAGUCCGGGGCCUGCCGGGCACAGUGAUUAUGAUGCCGUUCCAUUUUGCAAGCAGCUCGAUGAAAGGACCCCCAGUCUCCUUCCAGCAGGCCCAGGCCCAGGCAGUCCUGCAACAGGCUCAGCUGUCCAUGAAAGGGCCCCCUGGUCCAGUAGGGCUCACUGGGCGCCCAGGCCCUGUGGGCCUCCCUGGAUAUCCAGGUCUGAAAGGUGAAUUGGGAGAAGUAGGGCCACAGGGCCCCCGAGGAUUACAGGGCCCUCCUGGGCCUCCUGGACGGGAAGGCAAGACAGGCCGAGCUGGAGCAGAUGGGGCUCGGGGGCUUCCUGGAGACACAGGACCCAAGGGUGACCGGGGCUUUGAUGGCUUGCCGGGGCUGCCUGGUGAGAAGGGCCAGAGGGGUGACUUUGGACAUGUAGGGCAGCCUGGUCCCCCAGGAGAGGACGGUAUAAAGGGCCUGCAGGGACCUCCAGGGCCCACUGGCCAGGCUGGAGAGCCAGGUCCCCGAGGUCUGAUUGGGCCCAGAGGUCUCCCUGGCCCCCUAGGACGCCCGGGUGUGACAGGGAGUGAUGGUGCACCAGGGGCCAAAGGCAACGUGGGUCCUCCUGGAGAACCAGGUCCCCCAGGACAGCAAGGAAACCAUGGCUCUCAGGGAAUUCCAGGCCCCCAGGGGCCCAUUGGCACUCCUGGGGAAAAGGGUCCCCCUGGGAACCCCGGAAUUCCAGGUGUCCCAGGAUCUGAGGGGCCCCCGGGCCACCCAGGCCACGAGGGUCCCACAGGAGAAAAGGGGGCUCAGGGCCCACCAGGGUCAGCAGGCCCUCCGGGCUAUCCUGGACUUCGUGGUGUGAAGGGUACCUCUGGUAACCGGGGUCUCCAAGGCGAGAAAGGAGAAAGGGGAGAGGAUGGCUUUCCUGGCUUCAAGGGUGAUGAGGGACCAAAAGGCGACCGGGGAAACCCAGGACUCCCAGGUCCCAGAGGAGAGGAUGGCCCAGAAGGACCAAAGGGGCCUGAGGGCCUGCUUGGUGAUGAGGGUCCCCCAGGAGCAUCAGGGGAGAAGGGCAAACUUGGGGUGCCAGGUCUCCCAGGUUAUCCAGGACGCCCAGGACCUAAGGGAUCUAUUGGAUUUCCUGGACCCCUGGGACCACUGGGGGAGAAAGGCAAGCGGGGCAAAGCAGGGCAGCCAGGGGAGGAAGGAGAACGCGGCACCCCGGGCACCCGAGGAGACAGGGGACAGCCGGGGGCCACAGGCCAGCCUGGCCCCAAGGGUGAUGUGGGUCAGAACGGGUCUCCUGGGGCCCCUGGAGAAAAGGGUCUACCCGGUCUGCAAGGUCCACCAGGAUUCCCUGGACCAAAGGGCCCUCCAGGUCCUCAGGGGAAAGAUGGGAUACCUGGACACCCUGGACAAAGAGGAGAAUUGGGCUUCCAAGGUCAGACAGGCCCCCCUGGACCAGCUGGCGUCCUUGGUCCUCAGGGAAAGGUAGGGGAUGCAGGGCCUCUAGGCGAGAGAGGCCCCCCAGGGCCUCCUGGACCUCCUGGUGAACAAGGUCUGCCAGGCAUAGAAGGCAGAGAAGGGGCCAAGGGUGAGCUAGGACCCCUGGGGUCCCUCGGGAAGGAAGGGCCACCUGGGCCCAUGGGCUUCCCUGGCCCCCAAGGAGCCCCUGGAGACCCAGGACCCAUUGGUUUGAAGGGUGACAAGGGUCCCCCAGGCCCUGUUGGGGCAAAUGGCUCCCCGGGUGAGCGUGGUCCUGUGGGACCCUCUGGUGGCAUUGGACUUCCAGGCCAGAGUGGUGGGCAAGGCCCUAUUGGUCCUGCUGGCGAGAAGGGGUCCCCAGGAGAACGGGGUGCUCCUGGUCCUACUGGCAAAGAUGGCAUUCCAGGGCCCUCAGGUCUUCAGGGGCCCCCUGGAGCUGCGGGACCUUCUGGUGAGGAAGGAGACAAGGGGGAAGUAGGGAUGCCUGGUCACAAGGGAAGCAAAGGGGAUAAAGGAGAUGCGGGCCCACCUGGACCAACAGGAAUAAGAGGUCCAGCGGGCCAUCCAGGCCUCCCGGGUGCUGAUGGUGCUCAGGGUCGCCGGGGACCCCCUGGCCUCUUUGGGCAGAAGGGGGAUGAUGGAGUUCGAGGCUUCGUAGGUGUAAUUGGUCCUCCGGGCCUUCAGGGGCUGCCGGGUCCUCCGGGAGAGAAGGGCGAGGUUGGAGACGUAGGAUCCAUGGGUCCUCAUGGAGCUCCAGGCCCUAGGGGUCCCCCUGGGCCCAGUGGAUCAGAGGGCCCCCCAGGGCUGCCUGGAGGAGUAGGACAGCCUGGUGCUGUGGGCGAGAAGGGUGAGCCAGGGGAUGCUGGAGACGUCGGACCCCCAGGAAUUCCUGGCAUCCCUGGACCCAAAGGUGAAAUUGGUGAAAAGGGGGAUUCAGGUCCAUCAGGGGCUGCUGGUCCUCCAGGCAAGAAAGGACCCCCAGGAGAGGAUGGAUCUAAGGGGAACAUGGGUCCCACAGGACUCCCUGGAGAUCUAGGGCCCCCAGGAGACCCUGGAGUUCCGGGUAUUGAUGGCAUCCCAGGGGAGAAGGGAAAUGCUGGUGAUAUUGGGGGACCGGGGCCACCUGGAGCUUCAGGGGAACCUGGUGCCCGUGGGCUCCCUGGCAAGAAGGGCUCCCCUGGCCGCAUGGGUCCAGAAGGAAGAGAGGGAGAGAAAGGCGCCAAGGGAGAUGCUGGUCCUGAUGGGCCCCCAGGCAGGACAGGCCCCAUUGGGGCUCGAGGGUCCCCUGGACGUGUUGGGCCUGAUGGUCUUCCAGGGAUCCCUGGUCCUGUGGGUGAGCCAGGUCUCCUGGGACCUCCUGGGCUAAUUGGCCCUCCAGGGCCCCUGGGCCCACCUGGCCUCCCUGGCCUGAAGGGAGAUGCUGGCCCUAAGGGCGAGAAGGGCCACAUUGGGCUAAUAGGCCUCAUUGGUCCCCCAGGGGAGGCCGGUGAGAAAGGCGAUCAGGGGUUGCCAGGUGUGCAGGGCCCCCCAGGGCUUCAGGGAGACCCUGGCCUUCCUGGUCCUGUUGGCUCGUUAGGUCACCCUGGGCCCCCAGGUGUGGUGGGCCCUCUGGGACAGAAGGGCUCCAAGGGGUCCCCGGGCUCUCUUGGUCCUCGUGGAGACCCUGGACCAGCGGGUCCUCCUGGUCCCCCGGGUUCUCCGGCUGAGGGGCAUGGCCUGCGCAGGCGCCGCUCCGUGAUAGACACCCUAGAAAGUGGCCUGGAGGAGGUGAUGGCCUCACUCAAUUCACUGAGCUUGGAGCUACAGCAGUUGCAGCGACCUCUGGGCACAGCCGAGAGCCCAGGCCUCAUAUGCCACGAGCUUCAUCGUAACCACCCGCACCUGCCAGAUGGAGAGUACUGGAUUGACCCCAAUCAGGGCUGUGCACAGGACGCCUUCAAGGUUUUCUGCAACUUCACAGCGGGAGGUGAAACCUGUCUCUAUCCAGACAAGAAGUUUGAGACGGUGAAACUGGCCUCGUGGUCCCGAGAAAAACCUGGAGGCUGGUACAGCACCUUCCGCCGAGGGAAGAAGUUCUCCUACGUGGAUGCUGAUGGCUCUCCCGUGAAUGUGGUCCAGUUGACCUUCCUGAAGUUAUUGAGUGCUGUAGCACAUCAGAAGUUCACUUACACCUGCCAGAACUCGGUGGCAUGGCUGGACAGAGCUGCGGGUGACCACAGGCACUCUAUCCGCUUCCAAGGGACCAACUGGGAAGAGUUGUCCUUCAACCAGACGACAGCGGCUACCAUCAAGGUCACCCAUGAUGGCUGCCAGGUCCGGAAGGGACAGGAGAAGACCUUCUUUGAAUUCAGCUCUUCUGUGGGUUUUCUGCCUCUGUGGGAUGUGGCUGCCACUGACUUUGGCCAGACAAACCAGAAGUUUGGGUUUGAACUUGGCUCCGUCUGCUUUAGCAGCUGAAUUUUUGAGGUGGGAAGGAAGCUGACGGGAGCCCCAUGUGGGGCUUUUUGGUGCUGAGGCUUUGAGGCCAUUCUAUUUAUCACCAGGGACUCUAGAUCUAGGGUCAUGUGACUCUGGCUAUUCUUUGUUCCCUGUGGGUCUGAGGAUGGAGAGCCCAGCUCCCUCCAUCUAUUCAUCCCAGGUGGCAUACCCAACUGUCUGCUGGCUUCUCCCCUCCAUCCACCGUCCACUGCCCACCCCACCCCAAACCUCCAUGCAGUAGACUUCUAACUCAGAGCUGACGGAGCCCCCCCCUCCCGCCCCUGCCUCUCCACCCGUCCACCAGGCCUUUUGGUGCUACUCCUUUCCAUAGUUAAGCACUGGAUACCUCCCGAUCCCUGGCUGGGACCCUUCCCUCUCUUUCCUAGUCUUUCCUUGAGUAAAAGAGUUUGUAAAGCAAGAUCAAAGUGGGACCCCCUCCCCGGAGAUGGGCCUUCCUCUGCUUCCUUGACCUAGUUCUGCACAAUCUCCUCUCCCUACUUGGCCCCACUCCUCUGUCCCCAAGCCUUCUGGGGACCAAGAUGUUGGGCACAAAUCAGGAUCCUAAAUGGUGCUGCCCUGCUUAUAACUGGGAACUGUAUGAAAAGGGGAAUGAAUGGUCUGUAGUCUAUUUAAUCUGCUUCCUACUGAAGGAAGCCUGGGAUAUGAUGAGAGAUUCCAGAAGGAUCUCUUCCCUCCCUCAUCCAUGCAGCCCUCCUCCCAGGACACAGGGCAAAAUCGCCAUCUCAAGAAUAAACCAAGGAACUGUG